UGGUGUGUGAGUGUUAGUGCUGGUGUGUGUGCAGGGCGGGGGUCAGGCCUCCAUUUUUACCAGGACGUCUGCAGCAGCUGUCCACUGGCAUGCCAAAGGGAGCGUCACAGUGGUGAUACAGGGGUUCAGCAGUGAACUAGAAGGUGUUUGAUCAGCUUGGUCUUACUCUCGCUGUCUCUGACCAACCCAGGACCUGAAGCCACAGCUCCACUCCACCAUGGCGGAUCAGUAUCAGUACAACGCCAACGAGGAGAAGAUUGUGAAAGACAGCCACACCAAGGAGAUCGAUCUCAUUAACAGAGACCCAAAGCAGAUCAAUGAGGACGUGGUGAAGGUGGAGUUUGAGGAUGUCAUUGCGGAGCCUGACGGCACACACAGCCUGGAUGGGGUGUGGAAGCUGAGCUACACCACCUUCACCGUGUCAAAAUACUGGUGCUACCGCAUCCUGUCUGCUGUCUUCGGUAUCCCUGUUGCUCUGCUCUGGGGCUUCCUGUUCGCCUGCAUCUCCUUCUGCCAUAUCUGGGCCGUGGUUCCCUGCAUCAAGAGUUGCCUGAUCGAGUCACAGUGCAUCAGCCGCAUCUACUCUCUCUGCAUCCAGACCUUCUGCGACCCCUUCUUCGAAGCCUUGGGCAAGAUCUUCAGCAGUGUGCGUGUGGCGCUGCGCAAAGAGGUCUAAAGAAAAACUCACCCUGUUGUGGUUGUAGAUGUGAUCAGAUGAAGUGUGUUUUCAUUUACACCAGAAGAUCAGUGCUCCCUCCGCCUCCUCCUCCUUCUCCUCUUUUCAUGACAUGCUCCACCAGAUUCCCUGUGACAGCUGCAGCAGGCGGCGUGGUUCUGUGACAGCUCUGGCACUCCUGGAGGCCUCAGGGCUCCUCAGUGAGAGAGAGAAGAGCCGCCUGGCAUGAGGAGGAUCUGUCUGCCCUUGUUUAUUUGUUCCACAAAAGGCUCCGACGAUCCCUCACUGUUGACAACAAAAAACAUGGACUCCCUCACGCUGCUGCACCUGUGGAUGAUGAUGCUGCCUGUUUGCAUCAUAUUUUGCCAUUUUUUUCAAAGUUUCACUGGUGCUGUAUGUCGCUGUGUGUUGUAUUGUUGGAUUUUAUAUUGACAGAAUUGAAUUUAAACAUCCUUAAUGUAUUAUAUUUAAAGUUCUAACCAAAAGAGUUUGAUGAGAGGGAAAGUAGAUCUGAUUGCAGUAAAAGUGGAUUAAAAUGUAUGUAAAUUAUUAUGUGGAGUGAUGAAAACCCUUCUAUAAGACCCCUGUUAAGGCUCUUCUAUGUUAUGUUGAUUAUGUAAGAAUUUAUAAGACAUCUUUUGCUAUUUUUUCCUGCAAUUUAGGAAAAUAAAUGAUUAAAAAUUAUAGAAGCUAGUAUAAAGAUUUACACAUAUUGAAACUGUUUGAUGAGAGUGCACCACUUGUUUGAUGCGAAGUAUGUUUGUUUUCUGUCAUAUCUGAGAGGCUUAAGAAAUACAUUUUUCAGGUUU